AUGGUAGCGUUGGACAACAUCGAGUUGACGUUCAAAGAGCGUUACAUGAGUCGUUCGGAUAUGUGGCGUUAUCGAAGUUGCAUUCUGAACACGUGUGCGUAUAUCGGUAAGAAGUUCGAAUGGCUCGGCAUUCCAACAACAGUCUGCGAGUUAUGGGCCAAGGGUGAAACGGUACGAAGUGGAUAUGUUUCUGAGGAUACACGCGUUGUGUUUCGUUCGUGUAGUGCAAUGCUACUCGUUUAUGUGCAAAUGAGCUCGGAGAUGUGGGAUAUCGAUCCGCACGGUGAUUUGUAUUUUGAGAAGUGUGUUAAUGGGUUCUUUCCGGAAUUGUUUGAACGCUGGAAAGAUCAACAUUGUGCACACUAUAUAUCUUUCAUUGUUUGUUCGAGAUGGUAUUUCAAAGAGGAGUUAAUGAAUGAGGAAAUGAAAGAGAAAGUUUGUAAGGAUCAUCGAGGCAAAUAUUAUCAGGAUUUUUUCCGUUUAAUUGUGCAAAACGAACACUACGACGACUGGAAACAUGUAUUACCGAAGUUGCGUUUAGUCUUCUACACAUAUAAAAACUCAGUGGAAGAAUACGUUCGAAAAGAAUUUCCGAUGUAUACGGGUUCAGAGCCUUUGGCUGUGAAUUCAACGGCAGCAGAUGGGAACUUCUUGCAAAUGUUGAACAUUUCGAUGAAUACCUUUGAAUGCUACUAUACAGAUCGACGUUUUGAAACGGCCGGACAACAGAUAAUGUACGUAACUCCCGGAGGAGGUGUAUUCAAUGUGGAUAGACACUUGGUGAAUUUCACGAAGCAGAGACUGAUUGAUAUGGGUAUAUCACUGGACGUGGUGUGUUUAGGAGAACAGCCAUUGCACGCCGUACCACUUUUCGUUUUUCAAAGGGUCAGUGGAAAGGGGGCGCAUCCGUUUGAGGAUUAUUUCAUUCCGCACUGGAUGAAUUUUUCGUAUUAUCAGAUGAGUCGUCGAUCAGCGAUCUCAAUUAAAUUCAAACCGAGAAUCAAUCUGCCUGUUGAAAUUCUGAAGGAUACAAAAAUGGGCCUAGUGAUGGAAACUGACGAUCGACCAAUCGACAAUAUGGAUGUGUAUGACGAAAAGGCGUUUGCUUCGUUGCUGGAUGGCAGUUCACCGAACUCGUUGUCGUCAAGUACGUUGGCGUGUGAACUGUUCAAUACGGAUAUAAUAUCACCGAUCAAGUCGAGAACGGCUAUGGAGAUUCCAUCGAAGUUGCGUUGUGAAAUGGAAGGAAAUGCUGCAACUAAAACGAUGUAUGGCUCGUUGGAACGUGCCUCAACGCUGUCAGGUGUUUACGAACAAUCGUCCGCAGUCCAACGACAAGAAGUAGCAAAUGCUGACCAGCCAACAACACUGGUCACUAGCAAUAAACCUCCGAUGCUUCCGGUUCAAGCGCAACGUCGAAAAUCGUCGGAUUUACGAGUGGGUAGUCUGGAAUCAACACGACUCGAGUAUCGUGAACGUGAACGUCUUCGUGACGAGAUGAGACCGCCGUCAUUAUCGAUGCGUAAAUACGCGACUGCUCCUGGUUCUGGAGGCUCGUACGGAAUGAUCUCAGAGCAUCAGCAGCAGUCAGAACAGUCGACAACACGAUCGUUGAUCAAUCCAUUCAAACCGGAAGAAUUCAGCGUUCGAAUAACGGCAAAUCGUCGUCGUUGGAUUCACGUCUUUCCGGUGGAUAUAAUGGGUAGGGCCAAAUUGGCGCAUCACUACGUGGCCGGACGAAGUAUCGUUCAAGUGACGCAAGGCGAUGAACCGGAACCUGCGGAAAGUCCAGUCACCGCGGUCGGUAUUCCGAUUCACAACGGAUCACCGGCCCGACGUCCGCCCUCUCCACAAAUCGAUCCACUCAGUGUCAGAGUGACGGGUCUAGGUGCUGGGGGUAAGAAAUGCGUUUGGGCAUGGGGCUCAACGGGUGAGGAGAAAUGGAAUCCAGAUAUGGAGAUAUGCGUUGAUUGGAAAUCGUUAACAAAGUCGGCCUUGCUACCGAUCACAACGGACUUCUUUCCGGAUGGUCGAAGUAUCCAAUCGGAUUACGUCGUGAAGGAGCAUCAACUGCCAGUAGAUCAGGACGUGUUGCAUGAGUGGAUUCAAGAUACGAAGAAUGCAACAAUGGAGCAACUGCGAAUGGCCGUAUUUGACCAGUUGAUAUGUCAGCGAUUGCAGAGGGGAUUUCAGAUCGUGUUACUGAAGAAGAAGAUGAUUCAUGCGGCGAUUGGCAUUAACGAGGAUCAAUCGGAACGAAUGGAGAGUUUGAAGUUGGUGUCACGCGAAUGUUUCCUGUCGUUCAGUCGUAUCUAUCACCGUUUAUUCUUGUCGGGUGACGUAAUUACGGUAGUGCAAUUCCUGCCGAGAAUCGAUCGCAAUGAACUGCAGGAAAUGAGCGAGAAACGAAACUAUCGCUAUUUAUUCCAAGUGCCGGACAGUAAGGAGUACAUACAAAGCAAAACAACUUUCAAAUAUCAUAAUGUGGAUACGUUGAACUGGAGUUUGCUGGAUACACAACUUCAGUAUCGCAACGUGCCGAGACUGUUCAAAGACGAUAUGAAAUGUUUUGGAACAAGAUUCAUGAUAACACCGAUGUGUACACCGAUAACAAAGUCGAUCCUGCAAGAGAAACGAGGUGGCGAUUGCUACAGUAAGCGGCUGAACAAGGACAGCACAUGGGUUCGUAAACAAGAGGAAUCUUUCGUGAGAUUCAUCGAAGUAAUGAAUCGAUUCAGACGCAAGAAUUCUGCACAAAACACACACAAAAGGCCGGUUUCAUUGUCAUCGUGUUCGACGGAAUGGAGUGAGUUGAACCUUUCGAAAGCGAAUGUGGACGCAGUGCUGAGUGCGUGGCGUGACUUUUAUGUGCCGGUCGUCUGCUCUCCGGAGAACAAUGCGCGCUAUCCGGCGGAAAUGUUUUUGUCGAUCGAAUUCGUGAAUUGGUUAGUGACACACGUGCACGAUUUGGCCAGUCGAAAGGCUGCGGUAGAGUUCGGGAAUGAAUUGGUGCGGUUGGAUCGCAUUCGAAUUCUUCAGUCAGGUGGGUCAAUCUGA